AUUUUAUUUAUACACAAUGGGUUAAUGCUAAGUCCCUCAAAUGCAAUAAAUUGAAGAUGAUUUUGCUGCUAUUUAAAGAAAUGCCGUCACUCUUAAAGCCGUCCCAGAAAAACUCAACCAAUUGGAGGCUUAAAUAAAUGGCAUCAAAAGUACUGCUGAACAACUCACUACCUCUGUCAAUCAUAUUACGUAAACCCUCGAGAACAUCAGAAAGAGUCUCCCGUGA